GACACAUAACACUCCGUCACUGACACAAAAGCCAAUUAGUACGUGUACUAGUUUGUCUUUCGGCUAUGAACACCAUCUUAUAUAAAUAUGGGUUAAAUAACAGACAUGCUCUCCACUCUCCAGUCCUUUGGUCAUGUCCUCCAUUCUCUCAUUUUCUUCUUCACUUUUCACUCCUUGCUCCUCUUCAUCAUUCCCAAUUUCAAAUCAAUUAUUAUUAUUAUUAUUAAUAUCAGGCCUUUUUAUUUUCAACUUUCACCAGUAAAUGGUUUUGCCACUUCUUAUUUUGGCGGGAGACACGAGGUGAAAUUGUUGUUUAUUGUUCUCUGUGUUUUCCCUGGUUUGGUAAGAAUUCACGCAUUAUUUGAGUGCUUCAGAAAUUUAAUGCAGAUAUUAGUGACUGCAUUUUAACUGCAAGUUGGUGUUCAUAAUACUACUAGAAAUUAUGGCCUCGAAUCAUCUGGAGCUGUUGCAGGAGCCAAGCAUCGACACCGAUAAGCUCAGUUACGAGAUCUUUUCUAUUCUCGAAUCAAAUUUUUUAUUCGGUUACGACGAUCCUAAGCUCUGGAAACCUGUUGAUACCGGUGUUCAAUCAAUGAAGAAUCAGAGAGGUAAAAUCUGCAUUCUCUCGAUCGACGGCGGCGGAAUGCGGAGCAUUCUCGCCGGAAAAGCGUUAGCGUAUCUCGAAAACGCGUUGAAAGUGAAAUCCGGCAAUCCGGACGCCAGAAUCGCCGAUUAUUUCGACGUCGCCGCCGGCACCGGCGUCGGAGGCGUUUUCACGGCGAUGCUGUUUGGAAGCCGGAACGAUAACCGUCCGAUUUUCAAAGCGGAGGACACGUGGAAGUUUCUUGUAGAGAACGGUAACCGUUUUUACCGCCAGAAAUCCGGUUCCGGUUUGUUGAAAAGAAUUCUCCGAACCGGAAACGGUAACGGCGUUAAAGAAAACACUUUGGGCUUUGAAACGGUAAUGAAGGAAGCAUUCACGGUUAACGGAAACGGAAAGAGUUUGACUUUGAGAAACACGUUGAAGCCGGUGUUAAUCCCGUGUUACGACUUAUCCAGCUCGGCUCCGUUUCUGUUCUCGCGAGCCGAUGCUUUAGAAAGCGAGAGCUUUGACUUUCGGCUGUGGGAGGUGUGCCGUGCCACGUCAGCACUACCAGGGUUGUUCGAGCCAGUGUCGAUGAAAUCGGUUGACGGAAAGACAAAAUGUGUGGCGGUUGAUGGUGGUUUGGCGAUGAGUAACCCUACGGCGGCUGCAAUAACGCACGUGCUGCAUAACAAGCAUGAGUUUCCGUUUGUUAGAGGGGUGGAGGACCUGCUGGUGGUAUCGUUGGGUAGCGGUGGGGUUUUGGAUGAGUAUAACAAGGUGAAAGGGUGGAAGGGGAAGGAGUGGGCUCUCCCCAUGGCUAGAAUUUCCGGUGACAGCUCCGCCGACAUGGUGGACCAUGCCGUCUCACUGGCUUUUGGGCAAUGCCGUACCACUAAUUACGUCCGUAUUCAGGCAAAUGGAUCCAGUAUGAAGCGUUGUGGGGUGAACAUUGACUCUGACUGUAGCCCCGAAAACAUAAAGUUGCUGACGGGUAUAGCUGAUGAAAUGUUGACACAGAAGAACGUAGAGUCGGUGCUCUUUGAGGGCAAGCAGAUAGGAGAGCAGACCAAUUUCGAGAAACUUGAUUGGUUUGCGGGUGAGCUUGUGUUGGAGCAUCAGAGGAGGAGUUGCAGGAUAGCUCCAACUGUUGCUUUCAAGCAACCCUCCUGAACAACUAUUUCUCCACAAACGUUAAGGGCAAAAAAGAAAAAGAAGUAAAGUGGCAUAGUGCAUACUCAGCUUUAUUUUGAAAGAGAGAUAGGUAAAUUGACAGACAAAAAAGGACACUCAACUCAACUGUAAAAAGGCAUAUGGGAUUGUUGUGGGUAAUCUUGGUGUGAUAUGUUUUGCCUGCUGGAGUACAAUUAUCUUGAUGUCCACUCUUGUCUUGCUUUGUCCUUUUAAGGCACAAAAGAAAACAAAACAAAAAACAAAGGGUAAAACUGAAAAAAAAAAAAAAAAAAAAAAAAAAAAAACAAAGAAAGAAAGAGAACAAGAAGCAGUGAGUGUGUAUGAAAGUCCUAAAAGGUGGUAAUUAUUUUUGGGGCUGAUGUAUUAGAUUUAUGUUUUAUAUAAGGUAGUGGAUAUUUACGAGAAUGCCCUUUUCAUUUAUGGUUGGUUAUAGACUAGUAGUGGGUAUGAUGGAAAGCAACAUGCCUUGGUGUGGGACAUUGUAAUGUAAUGUGACAAGAAGAUUUUACUAGAUUUAGAGGUUAUGUUUAUUCAUAUUAUCUCUUACAACUUCCAACAUUUGAGUCAGCUUCAAGAUUCUUAUCCUAGUUGUUUUCAGACUCAUGGACAAUAAUAUCACUGUCGUCGA